UUUUGUGCGGAUCGUCCCCAUCCCCAAUCAGAGGUCCAUAUCGUUAGCGAUAUCGAUAUCGAGUCCGAUCCCCGCAUCGAGUCCCAAUGGGUUGCUUUUACCGGUCUUAUCAACGGUCACCCGCUGGCAGCAUUGCCGGGAUCCGAUCCGACAUGGCGGGGGAGCCAUUCAUAUAUCAGAGCCGUCGUUCCCCGCAGGUAGCUUGCCCAUGACGAUGAAAUGCACAGUACAACUACAGCCCCAAGUUCAUCAGUUCAUCAACCAUGACGACCACCUCGUCCUCCCUUCCCUCCGCUCCCCCCAUCACCGUAUCCCCAAACAUCACCCUCCAACCCCCGCUCUCGCGCUGCGGUGAAGGCCCCGGCCUGCUCCUCAUCCGCCCCGCCAACUUGGUGGGCUGCCAGACAAACAACACCACGCUCGACCCCGCCCCGUUACAGAAAUGGGCGGAGGAGAGCUACACCGUUGUGGAAAUCACGCUUGACACGGUGCGCAGCGGCGAUGCGGUGGAUGUCUCGGAUGCGAUUUCCGCUGCUGUGCGGGCGUUCUCCGAAUACCCGCAGUGCAGUGGCCGUGGCCGUGGCCAUGGUGACAACCUGAAGUUCGGGAUUCUGGUCUACGGCUCCCCACGCGACUACGGCCCCUCCUUCCCCGCCCUCCUGCAACAGUCCAUCACAGCCCUUACCCCCGAGCAAGCCCCCGCGGCAGCGAUCUACUUCAGCGCAUGGGAGAGCCCCUGCCCAACCAUCCCAGCUCUAUUCCACCUCCCGGCCGGGCAGACCCUCGCGGAGAGCAUCACCGCCACCACCACCGCCACCACAAAGACCUACCAGUACCCCUCGACCCGCUCACCAGGCUUCAUCCUCCCAGGCCACGCAGACUUCGACCCGCGCGCCGCCGGCGUCGCGCACACGCGCUCCCUGACCUUCCUGAAACCCCGAACCGGCGGACCGUACUUCGACCUCGAGCAGAUCUGGGAGGCGCACACGCACCACGAGUUCGGGGACCGGUCGGUCGAGAACACCAUGGCGACCAUGGUGCAGGAGCCGUAUGUGAAUCAUAUUCCGACGGUAUGUUGUCUCUCUCCCCUUUCUACCCGGGUGUUGAUGGGGGCCAUUAGCGCCCUAAAUGGUGGCCUACCGACUGCCUGCAUGGUUUGCUGGAACACCACCACCACCACCACCUAACCCCUCACUGACACAAUUUGAUGACAGAUAACAGGCGGAACCGGCCGCGCGGCCCUAACGCGCUUCUACGCGCAGCACUUCAUCUUCGCCAACCCGGCG